AUGUCGAAGAAAAUCUCCAUUUCAGCCGAGGUGUGUUAUGGCUCCAUGUCAUUCUUCAUUACCAUAAUUCAUAAUAUUUUUCUUCUAUACCAUGUUGAUAUCUUCGUGUCCGUGUAUCGAAUCGACAAAACCUCCUUCUGGAUUGGCGAAACAGUAUUUUUAAUCUGGAAUUCCUGUAAUGAUCCAAUAUUUGGAUGGAUGAGUGACAGCAAGUAUUUAAAAUCAUCUCAAAAUGGAUCUGAUAUAGUAUUAAAAAGAAUAGACUUUUUACAAAAAUUUGGUCCACUAUUUUCGUUAUCUUUUCUUGGAUUUUGGAUAUCGUGGACGUAUCCAUGGUUACAAUUUGUGGUGUGUUUGUGCCUUUAUGAUGGUUUUCUGACUUUAAUCGAUCUCCACCAUUCUGCUCUUUUGGCAGAUUUGGCUGUUUCUGGAGAAAUUCGAACCAAAUUAAAUUCAAAGUGCUCAAUUUUUGCCGCAUUCGGCUCCUUAUCUGUGUUUUUAUCCUAUGCUGUUUGGGACAAAGAACAUUUACACUCGUUCCGUGUAUUUUGUGGUGCAUUGACGAUAAUUUCAUUUCUAGGAUUCUGGUGCAUGUCGUCCAUUUUAAAAUCACAUUACAACCAAUCAAAAACUAACAACGGAAACUUGAAUUCAAAUCAGAAUAAUUUAGAUUUAAAACAGAGUUCUGGUUUUCACAAUUUGGAAAUAAGUUCUUAUGAAGACAAGGAGAGGAUUUCGCAAGAAACUUCAUUUAAAUCCUAUAUUUUUCAACUUUUUAGACACAAAAAUUUUCUAUUAUUUUCUAUGAUGAACCUAAUUCAGGUAUUCCACUGCCAUUUUAACAGUAAUUUUUUCCCUCUAUUCUUGGAGAAUUUACUAGGAGAAACAGUCAGUCCCUUAUAUGGUUCCUUAUUAAUAGGUUUAUCUUUCGUAGCUCCACACAUCAAUAACCUGUAUUUCCUGUCUCUAUGUCGAAGAUAUGGGGUGUAUAGAGUUAUAUAUAUUUUAUUUACUAUUAAAUUAUUGUUGAGUUUAUUUAUGUUCAUGGCUGGACCAUCGUAUCUAUGGUUACUAUGUAUAUUUAUAGCCAGUAAUAGAGUGUUCACAGAAGGAACAUGUAAGUUAUUGAAUCUGGUUAUUAGUGACCUGGUUGAUGAAGACUAUGUUAUUAAUCACAGACAUCAAGCCGUCUCAGCAUUAAUAUUUGGUACUGCUGCCUUAUUCUCCAAACCUGGACAGACUCUAGCACCCUUGAUUGGAACUUGGAUAUUAGCCUAUACAACUGGUCACGAUGUAUUCCAAACAGCCAAUGAAGUUGGAAGUAUAAAAUUUGAUGUGAAGAAACUAGAUCUAACCAGUCGAGAAAUGUAUAAAAAUGGAUGUUUUAACUUAUUGAUAUAUAUACCGGUAGUUUGUGCCUUGUGUCAGUUAGCAGUCUGGACACAGUUUACUCUUCAUGGACGUCGUUUACGAUACAUUAAAUCACAACGAGAAGGCUCGGCCAAAACAUUUGUUUAA